UUUGCCCCGAUUAUCUGUGCUCUCUGCUGCCCUGGAUUACUUCAAGCCUUUGUGUUUGCUGGUGGCUCCAAGGACUGUUAUUCGCCUUUAAGACUGCCUUUUCAUCUGCAGCGGCGGACGCUCUCCACGGCUCUCCCGUCAGCACCACUAACGCUCUCUCCAUUUUGCCGUCUGCCUUGGAGUGGCCUUGCGCCCAGACGUGCCAUUGACUCUGUUAUUUAUAUUAAUUCAAUAAACUUUUUCUGUUAAUCUGCACUGGGAUCUCUCCGUGUGUUUAUGCCUGACAGAACGGACUUGCCAGAACUGGAUCCCGCAGAUAUGGACCAACCUAAGCAGAAUCCAGCUGACAGAGCCCGUCGGGCUCAACUUUUACGCUGUUGUCAUCAGCGGGGAAGAAGGUGCAGCGCUUUUGUGACUGAGUUUCUUUAUGCCAUGGGAGGGACCGGAUUAGACUGGGAGGAGCUCAAGAUCGCUUUCAACAGUGGCCUCGAUGAGCCUCUCAGCCCUAACGAGUUCGGCAUGCGGAGGUCCCUGGGCUUGAUUGAGUUGAUGAACUAUGCCAUGAAUCGUCCUCAGCCCGGGGUCUCAGCCGAGGUUGCUUCCUCUAACCCAUUGCCACCGAUCCCAGAGGGCCGCGUCGUCGGGAUGGUGGUCCCAGAGAGCUCAGCACCCACCACAUCUAGCUCCACAAGCUCUGCCCAGCCCCACAGCCUUCGAGGGAAGCGCGAGAGGCGGAUCUCGUGGGAGUCGGCGUCCGAGGGGUCCUCCACAGAUCCUGCCACUCCCACCACGGCGCUCAUUCCACCUGCCCCGUUCUCUGCUCCGCGUCCCAAGAAGAAGAAGAGGAGGAAGGGUUCCUCGGCUCUGCAGCCUGCUGCCUCCUCUCAGGCCCCUGAUCCGCUGCAGCCUCUGCCGUCAGCGCAGCCUCCGCUGCAGCCUCUGCCGUCAGCGCAGCCUCCGCUGCAGCCUCUGCCGUCAGCGCAGCCUCCGCUGCAGCCUCUGCCGUCUGCGCAGCCUCCGCUGCAGCUCCCUGUUAUUGUCCCUGUCCCGUCUCCGCUGCUGUCCGCAGCGGCCCCUGUCACUGUCCCUUUGUCGUCUCCGCAGCCGCCCGCUGCACCUCCAGUCAUUGUCCCUGUCCCGUCUCCGCUGCCGUCCGCAGCGGCCCCUGUGACUAUUCCUGUUUCGUCUCCUCAGCCGCCCGCUGCACCCCCGGUUAUUGUCCCUGUCUCGUCUCCGCUGCCGGCCGCAGCGCCCCCUGGCACAGUUCCUGUUUCCCCUCAGCCUUCUAAUCCUGACUUUGUUUUUCCUGUCCUGCCCCAAGCUGUUUCCUCCCCUAAGAACCCCGUUAGGCCUGCCCGGCCUCCACGCACCCAACCCUCAGCUACUCCCCGGGGUCAGAAGGCUCGCCCUGUACCCAGUCCCACCCCUUCCCCCCCGUGA